GAGACCGGCGACAUCUACCUCGUCACGUCGUACGACGCCGGCUCCGAAGCUUCUAACGCCAUGGUCAGUGCCGACAACGGCCCUUACAGGAGUGCGACGUCAAUAAUCGGAAACGUCGACACGACCGACGGGAACGUUGUGAUCUACAACGAACCGGGGAAGGUCUCGCACCACGAAGGGUUUAAGGUCGAGACAGUUGCUCGCGCCCAGAACAUCUCAACCAACCCCUUCAUGACCAAGCACCCGGCGACCUUCAUCGGCUCGGACGACGAGAACUACGGCGGCACCAUCCGCAAGAUUCAGUUUGGCCUGGGGGAGCCCUAGGAAUGCGGCCGCUCAGCUCGCGGGCCACCAGCCCACGAUCCGCUCCCUCUGUCGCGGGUCGCAAGGGGGUUGGUCCCGCUGCAUGACGCGCACUAGGAGCCGCCGCCGCCUCUCUCUGGCGGCAUCCAGAUAGGGGCUGCCCGGACAGCGCGGCGGCGUGGCAAGCACCCGCGCGCCACAACGAGCGUGGCGGGCGACGCCUCGGGCCAUGACUCUCUGUGCACACGUACACACACAGCGCGCUACAUCGCGCUCGGCUCUCGCGCUCCCCGGACUGCUAUCCCCACUGUGUCUGAGUGUCUGAGCUCUGACACUGCUUUAUAAAU